CAGUGCGCACUGCCACGACAUUUUUCUACCGUUACCAUUUUUUUUCACCAACUCGGUCAAAUAUCAACACAGAUAAUAACCAGCCUUAUAUACUACAGAAACCCACCAAAACCCACCAAAACCCAGUUCAAUUCUUAUAUAGAUCACAAUAUGGCAUAUACAGCACCAGCCGUAGUGAUAGACAAUGGCUCCUACAGCACCAAGGCGGGGUUUGCUCUGGAAGAUUUGCCCUCAUUAGUGUUCAAUAGUAAUUAUUCUAUAGAUUCUAAUGGAACAAUUAUAGUAGGAGAUGAAGAAAUUAAUAAAUAUCCUAAUAAUGAAGUAAUGACAUUAUUAGAUAAUGGAUUAAUUUAUGAUUUUGAUAAUAUAGUUAAAAAUUGGCAAUAUGUUUAUAAUAAUAUUGAUAAUUAUUCACCAGUUGAUUCAAAAGAAUAUCCUUUAGUUAUGACUGAACAAAGUUGGAAUACUUCAAAGAAUAAAUUAACUACCACUCAAAUUGCAUUUGAACAAUUUGAAGUACCUAUAUUUUCAUUAGUUAAAUCACCUUUAUCACAAUUAUAUAGAGCCGGUAGAUCUACAGGAAUAGUAAUUGAUAUUGGAUCUUCAACAACUAGUGUUACCCCAAUUUUAGAUGGAAUUAUUCAAAAUAAAGCAUCAUUUCAUUCAAAAUAUGCUGGAGAUUUUGUAAAUUUACAUGUAUUAAAUUAUUUACAAACAAAGACAUCUAUUGAAAAUUUAAUUCCAAAUAAAUAUAAUUCAGCAACUGAUUCAUUUAAAAAUUAUUAUAUUAGUCAUAAUAUUUUACAAGAAUAUAAAAAUUUAUCAAGUAAUUAUGAUUUAAAAUUUUAUCAAUUAGAGAAUAGAGGUCAUAUUAAUGUUGAAGAUACUCCUAAAUUUUUAAAUAAUUUACUUAAUCCAAUUGCUAAUCCUUUACCAAAUAUAACUUUACCAAUUCCAACACCUGAUAAACCUCAUACUCAUGGAGUUGUUGAUCUCAUAUUUUUUGCUUUAAAAAGUUUAGAACAAACAUUAUUACCAAGUUCAAGUGAUUCAAAUCCAUCACAUAAUAAAUUUGCAAAAUUUACAGAAAUAUUUAAAGAUUUAUUAUCAAAUAUUUUAAUUACUGGAGGUUCAUCAAAUCUUAGUGAUUUACCUGAACAAAUUAUUACUGAUCUUAGAAAUUUAGUAUCACAAGUUUAUCCAGGUUAUGCAUUUGUUUAUAGUGUUAAUACUGUAAGACAUAGUUCAAGUACUGAUACUUCAAGUGAAAUUUGGGAUAGACUGUUUGGAAGUUGGUUAGGAGCUUGUAAUUUAGCUAAUAUGUUAAAUGAUACUGGUAAUAUUGAAGAAGGUAUUGAAUCUAAUAGUGUAAAGAUUGCCUUAGAUAACUGGUUUGUUACUAAAGCUGAUUAUGAAGAAUUGGGUGAAGAUUUAAUUGUAGAAAAGUUCAAAUAGUGUAUUAUAAUAUUAAUUAUUCUUAGUUAUAUAAAUCAAAUAAAAAUAUGUAUUUUUUAAAAUCAG